UAAAUAAACAAAUGCUGUUGUCCCUGACGCAGGCAGAACAGCAGGAGGAAUUGGCGGGUGAACUCGCUGCAGCUUUGAGAAAGAUAGCGAGAAGAAGAGGUGAAAGUCGGAGUAGACGCAACAGGGAUUUGGGAUUCGCGGCGACAAGUAGUACGAAGGCCCUGAUAGAAGUGUUGGAGACCCAAUUGGCGCUGAUUGGAGACGAUGGGGACGAGAAUGCUGGGAGUAGUUAUGCUUCGAUGAGAACAUGCAAUAGCCCACCCCACAAAAUAUGGCAGCCCCUAUACCUCAAGACUAGGUAAAUCAAUCAAUCAAUCAAAAUUCCUCGCACACCGAUAAUAUCGCAUUUCCCACUUUUUACCUCUCUUAAGUUAGUACCCUGCUCUAAUAGAAAUACCCAAUGGCCAUCACCCAGUAUCUUUCUGCCGACACAUGGCAGCGUCUGGUUUUCGUUUUCCAGACUGCUUUGCAGGAUGAUGACGCUCCCACCGAUAUUUGCAUCGACUACUCAGGAACGAGUGCGGGGAGUGCAGCAUAUCCAACAUAUAUGUUGAAUUACUACAACGCUCUUGCGAGGGGACCACAACAACAACUCCUGCAAGUAGCCCAGGUUGCUGGAACGGUCUUAUCUUCGCAAGAUACUACAACAAGUAAAGGUACUAACACGUCGAAGAAGGAACUACAGGGAACUACAGCAGGCAAAAGUUCUACACCUUCAUCAAUUUCCAAGAAGACCACCACCACGACCCCCACUUCAGCGUCAACAUCCAGUGCAAGCGCAAAUAAUCCUGCUCGAGGACGUCUCCCUCCGACGACUAGUACACAAUCCGCCUUACUCCCACGACCCACCUACAUCAACGGGGGUUCAACUCGCAAUGUCGAUAUGGCAGAGGAUCAUGGGGACCUGCUGGCAUUAAGGCUUCUCUCUGUAAUGGACCAUCUUUAGGUGGAUGCUGCAUCCUGAAGACGCUUGCUUCUCUUUUGGAGAAGGCACCCUCCAAAAGAGAUGUCUUGAGAUGGAAGAUUAGGGUGAGCUCUACUAAUUAUAUCUCGUCUACUGGUGGAUUUUGAUUUUGCUGAUUGUAUGAUGCCACGACUGCUCAUUGAGAACUUCGAAGAUGUAUCGGGGAAUGUCGUUCCUAAGUAAGAAGGGACGAAAGGCGGAACGACAUUCCAUUAACGACAUUCUCAAUGAGUGGAAGCAUUCACUGACCCUUCUGGACGUAUGGGAAUGCCUGCCUUAUCAGGCAGGGGCACAACUUCAACUGCCAGCACCACUGCGCCCAUCGAGGUCCGUGAAUAUCUCAAGGUCGUCAAGGCAUUGAUCGAGGCUUUCGGAAAGUCGAAAAUGGUACGAAAAAUGAAAGAGAUCACGCUGUUAGUGCGGGCGCGUGGGAGAGCAGCACUGUAUCCGCCGAAGCCAGUGCUUGUCGUGCAGAAGUCUAAAAGUGGUGGGGCAGCAGGAGCUAUGUCGGCGAUGAAAGGGCGAUUCUAAGGAGGGAGGUCUAAAUGUAAAGCGUAAAGGUAUUUUAGGAAUGAGUUAGCAGUUGUGCUUUUGCUGAGAAAAACCACAAUAUAUUAAACUUAAUUCUUGGGACUUACACUCAACUUUAACUUGUUUUCACAUCGACCAGUUGUAUGCAGUAUUCUAAUAGUGAAGUUGUACAGAUCAUUCCGAUUCCGGCAAAUGCAAAGAUAGUUGAAAAGACAGAAACUUGUUCUGAUCCAAAAAUUGAAAAGCUCAAGCGUCCAAGAUCGACCGGGAUUGAUGUAGAUGUCCCUCACAG